UUCAUCGAAUUUACUACGAAAAGCCUGCAAGAAUCGUCGCGAAGAUGUCACGUGGCCCAUUGUGAUACUUCUUGCGAACGAAUGACCAUUCACGACACGUAAUAUAGGUCUGGCGUAUAAGUUACGAAACCGAGGUGAGCAAUAACCAAUGAAACGAAAUGAAAUCGUCUCGUACUGUUUCGUAUUCACGGUGCUCGAACACCAUCUCAUAAACGUGCGUGUCGCGUAUAAAGACGGAUGAGAGACACGGACAAAAGCCAGUCAAAUUUUUCGGAUCGGAGUUAACAGUGUUGGCCGGCAAUAAUGUGGAGAACGCUGACCCUCGUGCUUCUCUGUAUCGGACUAGCAACGUCAGAUUUAUCGCCAUAUAAACCAAGGGGAUGGCGUCCUAAUGGUCAACGCUUUAAUCCCGCCAACAAUCGAUUGCAUGCGUAUUACGGGCCGCCAGGAUUACCAGCCUAUGAACCUCCGUACUCGACAAGCCACCCCCCAAUUUUCACCACCACCACUGCCCUGCCACCACCAACGACGAUGACGACGACGACGACGACGAUGAAAACCACAACGACACCGCGAACCAGGGAACCAACGACACCCACUGCCAUCCCGGAGGAUGAUUUCGACUCGAAUCCAGCGCUGGCCAUCGCCAACUCGUUCGCCUUUAAUCGGCCUGUUUACAUUUACAACACCUUCCCGUUCUUACCUGGACACGUGCUGGUCAAAUGAGUGAUUGCGAUAAGCAUCGUUUGUCGUUUAUCGACGAAUCGUUCUACGACGAACGGAGGACGAACGUUGCACGUUAGUUUUUACGUUGUUGAAGAGCAAAGCGAUCGAGAGAAGUAAAUUUCUUUUCUUUUCUUUUUUCUUUUUUUGUGGUAGGUUCGAAAUGGAAAAUUACUAAUUUUAUUAUUUAGCAGUGGGAACAUUUGUUUUCUCCAAUAUAAAUAAUAAUUGGGGGAUGAUCAUUUUUGCGAACUAUGACAGUCUUAUCGAAUGGAUGACCAUUCUCAGUAAAUAGCCAAUUUUCCCAUUGAUUCUAUACGAGUCUGAGCAUUUUGAAAAUUUCUACCGAUGUAAUAAAUCUCGAUGUAAAUUAACAAACAGACACCUUACUGUUGUUCCUAAUAAUUAGAGAUGAGAACGUUUUAGGUAUAGAAGACAGCGAUCGUAGAUUGGUGCAUGUAAAAUGUUAUUUUUCUAUGUUAGAUUUUAAGUUAAAGGGAUGUUUAUUUGGUAAAGUGAAGUGUAUUUGUAAUUAAAGAGAUUAAUUUUGUUUC